AUGAUACUAUAUUAUAAUCUUCAUUUAUCUUUUAGAACACCACUGAUGACGGGGCUCACUAUAAAUAGGACACCGAAGGGAACACUGAAAGUAGCCGAUAUCGUCCAACUAGAAAAUACCCCCCGGGGCUCCAUCAAAAGAAAAACGGAGCUGGAGGAGUCAGUGCAUAUUGGACACUUGGAACGGGCGGCCGCGUGUGACUUGGACUGGGAGGAUGGGGAUACGGCGGUGACAGAACACUAUGACCAUGUCAAACAAUGGAUCUGUGAGUUGCCACCGCCAGACUCCCGUACCUGCAGGACGCCAGAUCCAGAUGUGUGCGCUGCUGCUGUUAUUGGAAAGGCUGCUGAAGCUAAUGCUUCAGUGCCUGGACCUAGCGGUAGCUUUGGGGUACCAGCAACGAAAGAUGUUGUCCCGUCGGUGUCGGGUUGUACAGCAUCGUCAAGGCGGGUUAUAGAUACGGUAAACGAUGGUAGCGAUUUGGAUUCAGAUUUUGACGAUGAGUUUAAUCUGGAUCAAAUCGCUACUACUGGUGGUAUGUUGAGGACUAUUCCGAAUGACGAGGAAUUGGAUGAGCCUACAACUCAUAUAGUAAAUUCCAUUGAGAGUGCCAUGGACGACGUCAUCGAUCAAAUGGUUGGCACCUCUAUUAAUUUCGAGUGGCAAGAGGACUUCAGUAGUUUCCGGGGUGUGGCCGAAGAAUUUUCGGGUCCUAACGUCGGGCCUACUGAAGACUAUGAUACGCCUUAUGAUGCCUUUACUGCUAUUUGGGGUAAAGACAUCAUAGGGCAUAUAGUCACCGAAACGAAUAGAUAUGCCAAACAGGUGAUCGAUGCAAAAACGGCAGCAGGUACACUGAAAACGUCAUCUCGUCUUCAUAAGUGGACUGACACUAAUGAAAACGAGAUGUACGUUUUCUUUUCAAUACUCAUGUUUAUGUUCAUGAGUAUUGGAAGUCUACUGGCUAUCUCGAGAUGCCCAAAUUCCGAAAAUUGA